UGGCGGCGGCACCGGCGGCGGCUGCUGAGGAGGAGGAGGAGGAGGUGGGGGGAGCGGAGGGAGGUGUUUCUGUCAGUUCCGGCUGUUUGUUCGGGAAGUGGAUCCGCCGCUGCCGGAGCAGCCGGGAGGGAGCUGCGGAUCGCGAGGCCAGUACCGACCCCGCCCGCCCGCGCGCGCGCGCCGCCCCCGCCCGCCAUGGCCCGGGACUACGACCACCUCUUCAAGCUGCUCAUCAUCGGCGACAGCGGUGUGGGCAAGAGCAGCUUGCUGUUACGAUUUGCAGACAACACCUUCUCAGGCAGCUACAUCACCACAAUCGGAGUGGAUUUCAAGAUCCGGACUGUGGAGAUCAACGGGGAGAAGGUGAAGCUGCAGAUCUGGGACACUGCAGGGCAGGAGCGCUUCCGCACCAUCACCUCUACGUAUUAUCGGGGGACCCACGGGGUCAUUGUGGUUUACGAUGUCACUAGUGCCGAGUCCUUUGUCAAUGUCAAGCGAUGGCUUCAUGAAAUCAACCAGAACUGUGACGAUGUGUGCCGAAUAUUAGUGGGCAAUAAGAAUGACGACCCUGAGCGGAAGGUGGUAGAGACAGAAGAUGCCUACAAAUUUGCCGGGCAGAUGGGGAUCCAGCUCUUUGAGACCAGUGCCAAGGAGAACGUCAAUGUGGAAGAGAUGUUCAACUGCAUCACAGAGCUGGUUCUACGGGCAAAGAAAGACAACUUGGCCAAACAGCAGCAGCAGCAACAGAACGAUGUGGUGAAGCUCACCAAAAACAGUAAACGAAAGAAACGCUGCUGCUAAUGCCCCGCCCGCCCACCGCAGAGACUGCACUGCACCUCCCAGCCUGAGGCCUCGGCGGCUCUCGGGGACAGUCUCAGUCUAGUGCCGUUAUUUAAAGAAUUCUCUCCACGUUUUUUGUAUCGGGAGGCGCCAUCGGCACUUCCUCCCCUUUCCCCUUGAGUGCCAAGAAGGUGUUGGACGAGCCUGCCCUUCCCCACGGUGCCCUUUUCCCUGCCGAGGCGCCUGGACCUGGUGAGGACGCUGCCAGCUGAGUGGACCGAUUAACCAGUUUGUACAUAGUGUAUAUUGCAUUAACCAGCUGCACACCCUCAGCCUGCUCUGGCUUUUGGCUCCUUCCGCCAACCUGCUGCAACAGACCCUCCCGAGCCCUCCACACCCAUCUCGACGGCAGCUUCCUGAGGAGCCAACCUCGUGUCCUAGCUGAGUCCUUGGCCAUCCCUGGCCCAUGGAGUGCACUCCACAUGGCUCCUACCUACAGCUGCUCUGGGAACCUGGCCUCCACACAGGCCCUAGGCCUUCAGUUCCACGAGGAACUCAGUCCUGCCCUUUUGGACAACAGGUUUCUCAUUCUGCCUUCUAGAUGCCUCUGCUACAAACCCAGGGGGAGCCGCGGCUUCUCACUUACCCACCAUGUUUCAGUUCCCGCAGAAAGGUAGUGGCACACCUGUAGAGAUGGAGCUUUCGAGGCGGAGGGGGGAGCAUUCUCUUAACAAAUACAGCCAAUGAGGCCAAAUCAAACAAAGUUCCUCGCAGUUAUUUCCCCGAGAUGUGAUUGGCUCAACAGCAAACGUUGUGACUGUCCCACUUUGGGCUCAGUAUUUUUAGAAAAGGUGAUGGCUUCUAUUCAGUGCAGGGCCAGGCUCUCUCCCUUCUGUGGGAAAGGAAGGCUUUGCACCCUCGUCCCUGUGCUCGAGAGCCUCCCGCUGGAGACAGUUUGUAAUGGAGCACCAGGCACCUAUGGCAGAGCCAGGGGGUUGCUGGGCUAUGGGAAGACACUUCCAGGCUGGGACAGGUAGCUUUUGCAUUACUGACAGAUCUGUUUUUAGUUAUGAAGGUGGUAGGAAGAUUUCUUAGCCACUGGGAAGUGGCAGUGGGAUGGGGGCAGCCAGUAUUCACCUACCCCCCCCCCAGCAGAGUAAUCUGCAUUUGAUUACUUCCCCCUUCCCCGGGACACUUGGUUGGUUCCCUUUCCCCUAAAGGAUCACGUAACUCGGAAGAACUGAUUUGGACAUCAUAAUGUGUUUUAUUAGACUUCCUUUCCUAGGCGAUUUCCAGGCACAGCCCUGACUGGACAAUCAUCACAGAAUACUGCAGAUUUUCCAUGUUAACACUGUGGAUGGGGUUUCAAUCAAUAAACUGGGGCUUUCUUCUCACCUGUCUCUCCAUUGUCCGAAUCGUCAAAAGCUGAGCAUCGGGCUGGGUUUGGGGCUGCGGAAGACACCUCAGGGCCAAGCAUUAGGCGACUCCAUGUGGCCCACGUGAGCUGGGAGCUGAGCGAGGCUUGUUUCCAGGCCUGCCUUGGCUGACCGAGGACUUCUGUUCCUGGGCAGGUGACAUGCUUCUGAACACAUGGGAAACCAGUAUGGGAGUGUUUGCCAGUUCAAGCAAUAAGAGGGCGAUCUUGGAGCAUCCAGCCCAAACUGGGAGCCUCCAUGGCUUCUGGCACCUGCCUGUUAAGGCCCAGGUGGUGGUUUUGGGUGACAACAGUGUGCCUGUCCUGCAGUGUUAGAUGCAUGAGUGGGAUGGGGUGGGGUGGGGUGGGAUUAAGGGUGGGGGUGGGGGGACUCAGGUGAUGUCCUGGUGGGCCUGAUGUGAAACUCCUGUCAAACAAGACUUUUAAACGGUUCACCAGGAUUAUUUCUGUAUUGAAAGUUUCUAAUUCUGCUUUUUACAAAAAAAAAGUACUAAAAAUAAAGGUUCAAGCUGCCAA